AUGUCAGGAUUACCUGGCGCUGGCUAUGAAUCUGUUGGCGAUGAGGCCCCUACCAUGCCUAAGUCCUCCUUAACGACCGCGACUACGAUCGUUGCGGCUCCAGAAGUCAAUACAGAGGAUCAUGCGCACAUGCAGAUGACCCUUGCGAACACCUCGUCAAACGCCCUCACCUACAACGCCACCUACGAUGAUCUUAUGCGACCAUCUCAAGGCCCCGCCAACCCUUUCAAACCCGCCGACGCAGGGAAUGGCGUCAAGCGCAAGAAUGUACCAGCGGGCUUUGCGGAAGAGACCGCUAUUAGCGAAGCGACCUUCGCCGCUCAACACCGCACCUUCCAGAGCCUGGGCUACACGCGCAACCCCACCCGUCCAGAUCAAUUCGUGGGUGAUGUGAAUAAGGCGUCCCAGUACGGCGGUCGUGAUGUCGUUCAGAUGAAACCCACGAAGGAAGCAUCAGCAGCAUGGCGGGCGAAGCGACAGAAAAAGGGUGACUCGAGUAUCGUCGAGGGGAAGGCGCCUACCUAG